CCAAGCUUCCAGGGGACCUCCCCCCAAAUAUUCCCAUUUCCCUUCCUUCUCCAAUUAAUAGCCCGCCCGCCAUUCAUUCGCCCCUGAACGCAGAGGAAGAGAAGGAGCAGGCCUCUCUUUCUAGUUCUUGCCCGAGCCCAAAGCACAUUCAGCAUCACCGUUUCUCCUUCCAUCCUUUCUCUCCUUCUUAUCCUCCCCCUCCGUCUUUCUCUUUCCUCACUUACAUUCCCCUACUGGAGGUUUUCCCUCGUUUCGUUCAACCCAGUCUUUGCUUUCCAAUACCUUCGGCUGCCGAUUGCCCGUCACCGCAAUCUCCUAGUUGAAUUCCUCGCGUGGUGGACCGUUCCGACAACGUAUUAUUGAAACUGGAAUCGACAAACGCGCAACCUCUCGCUCGCUUGACGAUACUUUCCCCUAUCGUGACCGCUUUCGCGCCCACCCCGCCAACUCCAAACCGACGCCGAAUAUUAGACUUUCCGCGUCUUAGGUCCACCCAUCAAGCAUACGACUUGCGACCGACACCUCGCCGAGGUGGUUACGACCACGAUUGCCCGUCCAUUCUUCUCUUCGAAUGCCUCGCGCCUUUCCCCGCUCCGACCAACAAUCGCCUCGAUAAAGGCAGUUCUCCACCGACGACAUGCCCAGCCUCUUCUCUCGCCUGAAGACCAAGGACGGGUCGCAAAAAAAGUCCAAGAAGGGCCCCAACUUCGAUGCUGCUGACCAGCUAUCCGCAAAGCCAAAAUGGGACGACGCCUACACGAGGAAGACGGUCGAGCCUGAAGAGAUACAGGACUUGAUCAGGCGUUGCACCGGAGAGCUGAAGGCACGAGCUCUUGACCACCCUUUCCUCCUGUUGCCGUUCCGGCCUACCUCGGACCCUAGUGCUGUCCGGACCUUCAUUCGACAUUUCUUCGAUGGCGCCCAGCCUCUUCGUGGCGAGUUUUUGUCGCAAGAGCUGCGCAUGACUGAGCCAAUGGUCAUUGCGGGUGUGGUCAAAUGGUGCUGGAGUCGCCUCUCAGGCGGUGUUGUGGGCUGGGAUGCGUACGAGCUCUUCAAGGUUGGCGAGCAAGAUUCAAACAUGGCCAGAGACUCCUUCAAGACCUUCAUCCCCCUCAGUGUUGAAAACGGAGCCCGGUCGUGUAUCAUCUUCGAUUUUUUCGACCUGCUGUCUGCUAUCGCCGCUCAUGGCAAGAUGAAUGGUCUGGGAGGGCGCAAGCUCUCUCGGAUGGCCGCAUGGUGGGCGUUCGAGCACAAGGACACGGGCAGCGGCUUCGAGGGUGGCUACAAGUCUUGGGCAACUGCUGCCGACGCCACCAGCCAUCUCUUCUUCGCGUACCUUCGAUCCUUGGCUCCCCAGAAACAAACUCAAGGCGCAAUCUCUAUGCUCCCAAUGUCUCUGCAGAAGCUGCUGCAGGAAACUGAGUACCCCCCUCAGAGACCGUCUUUGAUGCAAUCGUCUACGUACAAGGUAGUCAUGAUUGUCGACGCUGUCUCGCCGACGCCUUUUGCCCUUCUACGCCGAGCAAACCACUUUCAGUACCGCGAGGAAGACCGAGCUCUACGCGAGUUUUCCGAGUACGAGGACCCAGUGAAGGCACUGACCGAGGAAUGCCGCCGUGUGCUGAAAGCAAUCUCGUCUGCCAACCAAUCCCAAGUUUCGAGCGCAAAGCACUCGACGAGCUUACGAGAUGCGUCAUGGUCACGGUUUGAAGACAUCGGCUUCACCAGUGCACUCGAAGAUGACGACGACGACGACGAUGCUGCUACUGCUGCUGCUGCUGCUGCUGCUGCUGCUGCGCGCAAGCCGCAAGGCCUGAGAAGUACUCCUGCGGCCGGAAACGCUGGUCUGGGCCGACCGACUACGCCUUCUUGGGCCGAUUUUCUUUCUUCUGGAUUUGUGGACGAUAACCCCAACAGCCCGAACAUGCUGUUGCCUCCUGACAAAGUUCUUCCCCCCAUCGAGACGGCUGCGCGCCAACGAAGCUCACAGUCUCACAACCCGAGACUAGAAUCCGAUCGUCUGGAGCCAGGAGAACUGGCGAGCAUUGCUCGAUUUGACCUGGACGAGAGCUUCUGGUGGGUUUGGAUGAGCAGUCUCGCCCCCGAAGAGACCCAAGAGAGGAAAGCGGCCUUUGGUCGCUGUGCAGUUAUCGAGACGGCUAUCAAGCGUGGUCGAUGGUUGGUCAUGGAGGAGAUGGUGGCCGGAGCAGCCCCAGAGCCCCAGGAAGGCGCCUAUAUCGCUGAGAAGAAGGGAUUCUUCAGCUGGACUAGACGCAACAAGGGCGUCAACCGUCGCAAGUCAACAGGAAAGCAUGCUCUCGAGAAGGGCAACAAGAACGCCGAUCCCAAUCUCAGCAAGUCAAGCAUUGGACCUGACCAACAAGCUCGAAUUCAGGCGGCUGCCGCUCAGCUGCAGGCGCGCCAACAGCAAGAACAACAGCAGAUGCUCCAAGUACGCCGAGGAAGAAAAGACGAGUCGACAAGAGAGAAGACAAACAGUGUGUUGACUCUUCAGCCCGAUAUCAUGCGUCAAGCUUCCCCGGCGAUGAAGUGGGCAAACAAAUACGACAAGGACGCGAUUCGGGAGGCAUAUCUGGCAAACAACGCCACUGGUCGCGGCCUCGGCGUCUCUACCAUGCAAAGGAACGGAAGUCAUGACCACGAGCACGCGAACAGUCACACCAACGGAGACGAGCUUCGUCCUGAAGUCCCAGCCAAGUCUCCCUCCUUGCAACCGCAGCCGUCCCCAUUGACGCAGAACUCUUCAUCGGGUUUCCGCUCGCCAUCCCCGCUGCCGCCCAACCACCGAGAUGACGAACCUAGGGUACCGUCUGAGAAGGAGAUGGAGGCUCCGAGCGGUCUUCACCCUGCCAACCGAUUCGAAGACGGCCGCAGCUCUCCACUGCCUCCGCCCAAGGAUUCGUACGACUACGGACGGGAAAACAUGUUUACGCCGGAACCGAAUACCAGCCCCAAGGACAAGAAGUCGAAGAAGCUUCACAAAGAGAAGGCUGGCGGAGGUGGUCUCCGCAAGCUCUUUGGCCGCAAUAAGAACCGGAACUCGAAAUUGCCUGAGAACGCCGCCGCAGAUGUGAACGGUAUGCUCCAGCGCGAGACAGCAACCCCUGAGCCGCCAAAGCCUGCUCCUUCUCCCGUCCCCCAGCCCAUUGCUUCAGAGUCCAACCUUCCCACACCAACACCAGCAGAGGCUUACACCACGCCAUUGGAGACUCCUCAGCCAGCCCCAGUUGAGACCCAAGCUCACGAGCCGCAGUACGAGCCGUCCGUUGAUGAAUCCCUCUCUCGAGUCGAUACCGAGGAUGCCAACGAGGCUCAGAACGAAUUCUCACGCUUCGACCAAGGGCCUUUGCAAGAGCAGCCUGCCUUUGUCCCUGACGACGAUUCCGAGGAUGCCAUUCCACCCCCCAUCGCGCGACAUGCGAAGACCCCCGAACCGCCCACGGAGACCUCGCCUGCCUCGCCCGAUGACGGACCUCGAUCCCCGCCUGCGUUAGACCGAUGGGCACAGAUCCGCAAGAACGCCGCGGAGCGCGCGGCGCAACGCCAGAGCGAAGAGCAAAGCCGCGGCGGCUACAGCAAGACCACUGACGGUGACGACGACACGAGUGGAGAAGAGACGAUCGAAUCUCGCGUAGCCCGUAUCAAGGCUCGUGUUGCCGAGUUGACGGGUAACAUGGAGAACUCCCAGGGCCCUCCCUUGACGGUUGUCCGAACCCCUCCCGCCCACCGCUAGAUUGGAAGUUUACAUCCGAGCUGCAAAUGCCGGGGCCUCGGUUUUCCCUGGUUGCUCGAAUGAUUGUAGCGGCAAGCAUCACCAAUACGAUGCUAUACAAGUGGCGCCUCUUUUCCGGUUUCUAAUUAUUCCGAAAUACUAUGGACGUACCCGAUUGCCGGGUCCCUGGCCGGAUCUAGGCUAUUCCAGUUAUUAGUCGCUAAUACCUUUCUUACUGUCUUGCUUUUGCGGGUUGUUACACAGAAGAUGAUACCACUAGAAUAGCAAGCCGAUCACGCACAAUAUCAAUGGCAGGUUUUGAUUUUUUUUCUAUAUGCAACGACUCAAGACAUGUAGUUGCAUGAGGAACGAAGCCAUCUGCCGCCGUUCUAGCUUGGUGGGCGGAUUGUGUCGUUGCUUGGCCCAAAUUUGAUUUCCUCUGUGGUCGCCCGCCCCCGGGACGGGACGGACAAGGCAGAGAGGCAAGCAAGACUGGACUUGCUCCAAAGAUAUCAAAGAUACCGGCGAUGAAGAUAUAUCGCGCAAUGGGACCAAACCCGGGUGCACUGUUCAGUGAAACCGAUGCUGGCAGGAUCACAAUACUGAUACGUUCAGUCGGUCCGUCAGCUGACUUGUGGAUGAUGGGCAAUCCAGAGACGUCGGCAAAACUGGGCAAGUUGCAAUGA